CCAAGUAAACUAAACCCAAGGGAGUAUGUAUAUUUCUUCAACUAUAUGCAACAUUGUAUUAUUUGUUAACCAGUGCACUUUCUAGUAGCACUUUUUGAUGUUUGAGAGAGAGAAAGAAAAAUGGUGCUUAGUGACGAGGAUGUUUUGGAGGAAUUACUAGCUCCAAGGAGAGAAAGUUGGAGCACUUUUCUAAGUGGAAGUGAAGUAAAUGAUUUUUCCCCAAAUGGUUGGACUUUUGAAUCAAUACCUUUUUACCAAAACCCAGAAUUUAUAGCCUUAAAUUCUUCACUUCUAGGCCUCAUUUCACCCCCUACUACGACACAAUCAAAUAAUUUUCAUCAAUGUCCUGAUUUUACUUCACCAGAAUCCUAUCGAGUUCUUGAUUCUUCUUUCACUAGCCCACCAGACCCACUACUUGAGAUUCAAGAUGAAAUUGCUGGGAUUAUUCCUAGUGAUUUUCAUGGACUACAAGAAGACUUGAAUAGCUUUAGUACUAAUAAUGAUGUUAAAGUUGAAGAAGCAAAUUCAAGAAUAAUUGGUAUUUGUGCAAAUGUGGGACAAAAGAAGAAUAAAGUUAGGAAGGUUGAGGGGCAGCCUUCAAAAAAUUUAAUGGCAGAGAGGAGGAGGAGAAAGAGACUCAAUGAUAGACUUUCUAUGCUUAGAUCCAUUGUUCCUAAGAUUAGUAAGAUGGACAGAACAUCCAUACUUGGAGACGCAAUUGAUUACAUGAAAGAGCUGUUAGAAAAAAUCCAUACAUUGCGUGAAGAUGAUAAUGUGAAAGAUGAAAUUAAGGAUAUUAAAUUUGUGGGCAACUUCAAGGAGUUAAAGCCUAAUGAAGCACUUGUUAAAAAGCCUCCUAAGUUUGAAGUUGAAAGGAGAAAUGUGGACACCCGAAUAGAGAUCUGUUGCGCUGCAAAGCCGGGAUUGCUGUUAUCGACAGUGGGCACGUUAGAAGCAAUUGGGCUUGAUCUACAACAAUGUGUUAUCAGCUGUUUCAGUGACUUCUCAUUGCAAGCUUCUUGUUCUGAGGCAAGGGAGCAUCGAACAAUUUUGAGUUCUGAAGAUGUAAAGCAAACCUUGUCCAACACAGCAGGUUAUGGAGGAAGAUGUUAGAAGAUGAUAAAGUGAUGGACAAUACGCCCCAAGCAAGGUCAAAGACAUUCUGUCUGUUGUUCAAAGAAUAUUGCAACUUUUAAUAAUGUCAGUGAAUAGUGAUCUUUCCCCAGUGUAAUUUUCCUGAUUCAUUUAUUAGAUCUGCUCUGCUAUAUUAUUCAAA